AUGGUGGUGUUAGACAAUGGUGUGGGGCAGCUUUUUCUGAGCCAUGGCAGGGGGAGCCGGACCGAGCGAUUGCCUUGCGCGGAAAAAAAAAUUGAAGUGAAGCUGGAUUCAAACACAAUUGCAGAAGCAAUAAAGCCGUUGGUUGAGGCUGACCCGUCGAUAAAGGUGAAAUCAGUUAUUGCGGAAGUGCAGUCGAAGUUCAAUUACACCAUCAGCUAUCGGAAAGCAUGGUUGGCAAAGCAAAAAGUAGUGGAAAAAAUAUUUGGAGGUUGGGAAGCAUCAUAUGAAGCUUUGCCUAUAUGGUUUGAGGCCAUGUGUAACAAGGAGCCAUCAGCAAUCGUCCAUUUCGAGACUAUGUCUGCAUAUCAAGGUGAUGAGGAAGUAACUGAUAUCCGGGUAUUGCACAGAGUCUUCUGGAGUUAUUACCCCUGCAUUAGAGCGUUUAGACACUGCAAGCCAGUUGUUCAGGUUGAUGGGACUCACUUGUACGGAAAGUAUAAGGGUUGUUUGUUGGUCGCAGUUUCACAGGAUGGUAACAAUAAUAUCGUCCCUAUUGCGUUUGCAAUUGUGGAGGGGGAGACUUCUGAUGCAUGGCACUUUUUCCUUAGUAACCUGCGACAACAUGUUGUGACUCGGGAUGGUGCGGGACUGAUUUCCGACAGGCACGAAUCCAUCAAUGCAGCUGUGGCCCGGAGCAACGGAGCUUGGUCACCCCCGAGAGCAUUCCACAUGUUUUGCAUCAGGCAUAUAGAGUCGAACUUUUUGAGAAAGUUCAAGGCACCGUUUUUAAAUUAUUCAUCAGAUUUUAUUAAUUAA